UUUUUAUCAUUGUUUUUAUAUCAGCAAUUUUAAGGUGUACUUAGGUGUACUUUACGAGUCUUAUUUAAAUAAUAAUUACUAAAUAAUUCAUUUCAACUACAUACUACGUUUUGAUUUUAUUCAAGUGUCGCGAUGCAUCUCACAUUCUGAAAAAUGUGAACGCUGAAUUAUUUCUUUAUUUAAUCCGUUAAAACGCGAUGUACUUUCCUGCUCACAGCCCUGCUUCUUUUUAUAUUCCAUCAAUGAAUGAUGUUUCUCCAUCAUCUAGCAGCUUCAACGGUUUUAGUGGAGCUGCAGUUCCGGUCCGCAUUCCAAGUCCUACGUUGAACGAAGCGACACCUCCGGUGGUUGAAAACUGGUGUUACACUCAGCUUAAAGUUUCGAAAUUCAGUUACAUGUGGACGAUAAACAAUUUCAGCUUUUGUCGCGAAGAAAUGGGCGAAGUUUUAAAAUCAUCGGUCUUUUCGGCUGGCACUAACGAUAAAUUGAAAUGGUGUUUGCGAGUGAACCCUAAAGGUUUAGACGAAGAAAGUAAAGAUUACAUCUCGCUGUAUUUAUUGCUAGUCGCUUCAAACAAGUCUGAAAUCAGAGCCAAGUUUAAAUUCUCGAUAUUAAACGCUAGACGCGAAGAAACGAAAGCUAUGGAAAGUCAAAGAGCUUAUAGAUUUGUGCAAGGCAAAGAUUGGGGUUUCAAGAAGUUCAUUAGGCGCGAUUUCUUGCUCGACGAAUCCAACGGUCUACUGCCGGAUGAUAAACUGACAAUCUUUUGCGAAGUUAGUGUGUUAGCUGAUUGCGUUAAUGUUUCUGGUCAAACGAAUUCCGUUCAGUUUAGAGUGCCUAAAUGUAAACUUUCACAAGACCUCGGUGUGCUGUUAGAAGAUCAAAAAUUAACCGAUGUCGUAUUAUCUGUCGGUGGCAAAGAAUUUCGCGCUCAUAAAGCCAUUUUAGCAGCCCGAAGUCCCGUAUUUGCUGCCAUGUUUGAACAUAAUAUGAAAGAAAAACGCUUAAACAAAGUGGUCAUUACGGAUGUAACUGACGAAGUACUCAGAGAAAUGCUACGUUUCAUUUAUACCGGCAAGGUUCAAAAUUUAGCCACGAUGGCCGACAGUUUACUGGCGGCCGCCGAUAAAUACGAUUUGGAAAGAUUAAAGGUUAUGUGUGAAGAAGCUCUAUGUGGCAGUAUGACAACAGACAAUGCUGCCAAUAUCCUCAUUUUAGCCGAUUUGCAUAACGCCGAGCAACUCAAAGCUCAAACUAUCGAAUAUAUCAAUUCUCACGCUUCCGAGGUGAUAGAUACGGCAUCGUGGAAGGUGUUGAUACAAUCGCAUCCUUAUCUAAUCGCCGAGGUGUUCCGGGCUAUGGCUCUACAACAAGCGCCGUCGUCCGGCAUGGCGAAAAAAAGAUUGAAAUUGAAUUAAUAUUCGUCGAUUGAGCUAAUCUACUCCUUUCAAGCAUUUUUUCAACGAUCUCAAAUAUACUCCCACCGUAUUUCAUGGUGUAACCGAAAAUACCUGAUUAUUUUACUAAUUUGUGUAAUUAUUUAUUAAUUACGGUUUCGAUACUGUUGUUAUACGUUUACGAUGUUUUUUUCAAACGUAGAAUUGAACCUUUUUUCAAUCAUUUGGAAAAAAAUGUCGAAAUUAACGCUUUUACUUUUUUUUAAAGUCUACGACUUAGUAUUACCUAUAUCUUAAUUUUUUUCUUCCCAAAUUCGCGGUUUUAGGAUGGAAAAUAUUGAAGAUGUAUGUAUUUUUUUAUUAUUUAUUAUUAGCAUCAUUACCGAACUCCUGAGGAUUUUAUCAUUGACUGCAGACGGAUAAAUCGAAUCGCAUAAUAUUUUUUAAAAAUUCAUCAUAGUUGUAGGUAUUUCUAUUAUAAUUGUUGAUCCUUCUCGUUUAAUGUCUGAAGUAAAAAUUCUGCCGGAUUUUAAACUACCUACGAGUGAAUAAAAUAAAAUUUUUUAUUUUAUAUUCUGAUUUGUUUUAUUAUUUAUCUUCUGAUCUCAAGACCUAAAACAAUUUUCGAAGUGAUUUGGCUUACUUGUUGCUUCGAUUAACAAUUGAGUGGAAUUUUCCAAUUAGCAUUUAGGUACAAGGAAACAAGUAGAAAAAUAGAAAUUUUUGGAAUUCGAACAAAUCACUGUUUCUAGGCUCAAAUCAAUCCAAAAUCCGAAUUUCCCACUUUCGAGCUAUGAAACGGCUCCAGAACGGCUAUAGGAACUGUGGAAUUCGGAUUUGGGGAGCAGCUCGCCUGGAAAUUGGCACAGGUGUGGAUAAAAUCGUAGAACAAGUCGAGUAUAAUCCACAACUCGAUUUUUAGCCGUCCAAAUUAAUUUCCACAUCUUUUGGAAAAUUUCAAUAAUUUGGAUUAAUCGCUGCGUUGGAGGCUUCAAAUUCGGAUUCGAGGGGUUGAUAGUAGUUUCAGGACUAAUUUUCAUCGUUUUAUGUGAAUAAAUUUCCAUUUUUUUUCAAGCAUAAAUCGCUUGAAUUAGUAUCGUUUUGGGUUUUUUAAAAAUUGACAAAAAUUCAACUCGAGUAGCUGAAAUUUUGAUUAUGAGGGUUUCAGGUCCCGUACAAAUCGUAGGCAGACGCCUCGAGAGGUUCUCUUGUAAGAAAAAAGUAGUGUUUUGUAGCUAUGGUUAAAUGGUUUCUAUAUUUGCGCUCUCAAUCCUUCCAAAUUUCAGAAGGCUGCAGUUAGGCAUGUGCAAUUGUGCAUGCAGAGGAUAAAUAUUUACCCUAUGAACUUCUUUUUUUAAAAAUGAAAACCUUUAUUGUUGUUAAAAUGAUGAAAAAUUGAUAAGAAUGAUGUCUUCGGAAAUCUUCAGUACAAAUUUCAACUUUCACUCUUCGCAUUGUUUGUGGAAGGCGUCUUGACGAGUCUUGCCUGAAAUCCUUAGGUUAAAAUAUGAUGAAAUGCGUAGGAAACAUUACACGACUCGUUUCUCACAGUGGUAGGUAGUUGCUCUAUUCAAUAUCGAGUGUUUACGUACUUUUGGAUGACGAGAAUACAAAAGUAUAUUUCAUUUCAUGUUUUCAGAUUGCCUUUUAUCGUAGUAUUUUUGCUUGUGUUUUUAGUGACUUUACCACACAUUGUUUAUUGACGUGCGAAUUUUACGUUUAAUUAUUUUAAAAGUUUAAUAAAGUUGCAAUUCUCCAUUCAUUAAAGGAUUUCGUCGUAAAAUUGAGG